CUCUACACAGCCAUUUUUUGCUUACUUCUGAUAACGUAUAUGACAUAUGUAUGUGUAUAUAAUAUUGUUUACUAAAUAAUAGAGGUUGAAACAUUUAAAAAGAAAUUUUUUAAUAAAAUUCAAAUUGUGUAUAUAUUUAAUAUGGAUCAAGAAUAUUAUUCUACAUUGUAUAAAUGGUUUGAAAAAUGUGGUGUAAUAUCAAAUGUAAGAACACAUCUUCGUCAAAAUUUAAUAAAUGCAUUAAAAAGUAAAGAUAUUUUUUUAAAAAGUGAAGGUCCCAAAUCUGCAAAACAGUACGUUUAUGAUUUACUAAUAGCAGAAUAUUUAUUUAAUCACAAUUAUGCAUAUACUCUAUCAGUAUUUGCUAGUGAAGCACCACUGUUAAUUAAUUUUUCUAAUAAGACAGUUCAAAGACCUGAUGGUAAUGAAGAGGAUAAUAAUGAAAAAUUACAAAGUGAUUAUAUAUUACAUGCUUUGGAAACAUUAGGUAUUAAUCCUUGUGAUUCUAAAGGGCAAUAUGUUAUAUCACAUUAUAUAGAAAGUGAUAUGCCUCUUCUUUUAUGCAUAUUAAAAUGUAUAACUAUGUUUUCUUAUAAUAUACAUAAUGAUAUACCAAUAAAAGAAAAAAUAUCUCUUUGUAAUGAGUCUACGCAAACUGAAUUUUCUUGGCAAGCUCAUAGUUUAUAUAUAGAAAAAUUAAUUGCAUUAAAAAAAAAAAUAAAUGUGCAUAAGCAAAUGGUUAAUAAUAAGCUACGUGAAAAAGAAAUGAUAUUAAAACAACAAACAUUAUUUAUUGAGCAACAAUUUGAAGCAUUGAAUAUAAAAUUGCAUCAAAUUCAAAAUGUCAUGCAUAAUAUAAGUUUAAAAGAAAAACUAUUAAAAGAAAAAAGUCAAACUAACGAAAAACAAAUUUUACAAAGAGAAAUGGAAUUAGCAUUGAAAGAAAGAUUAUUGUUGCAAAAGACAGAUAGAUUACACAAAGAGCAAAAUAACAAAAAAAAAGAACAAGAUGUGAGAAAAACGCAAGAACAAAAAGGAGUACAGACAGAACUUCAAGUUGAAUCAUUUAAUCAUUUUUUAAAAAAUAUAGAAGUACAAACGGAUUUUAUAAACAAUAUGCAACAAGAACAUAAAAUUGAGAUCCUUACUAAAGAAAAGGAAGAAUUAAAUGCCCUUAUUCAAGAUCAACAAUUAAAAAUAGAGCAGAUAACGCAACGGGCUCUUCAGUUGUCUCGACAAAUAGAAGGAAUACGUUCAUUGAGAUCAACUAAUAUAGAAAUUCCAACACAAACUGUUAAUAUAAAUACAAUUAUUAGUGAGAGUAGUUCAACAGAAGAUAUUCUUCAAGAUGCAAAAUUGAGGCUUAAACGUCUAGAAGAAGAAAGUUUAAAAGCAGAUCAAUAUUAUUAUAAUUUUAUCAAUAAUUCACCAUAAUAUAAAUUUUAUGAUAUUAGAUUAUAUGAUAAUCUAA